AUGGCCAGGCUGCAGAUCUCACUCCUGAUGGCCCUUGUCCUUCUCAUGGUGGCACUUCAAACAACUGAGGCCGGCCCCUACGGUGCCAAUGUGGAGGACAGCAUCUGCUGCCGGGACUACCUCCAAAGGCCCCUGCCCUGGCGUAUGGUGCAAUCUUUCUACCCGACCUCAAAAUCCUGCCGGAGACGUGGCGUGGUCUUGGUAACAACCAGGAACCGAGAGAUUUGUGCUGACCCCUGGCUGCCCUGGGUGAAGAAGAUUAUCAAGAGGCUGGACUGA